CACGCUCAAUUCUACUCAGAUCUCGUGCCGGGGAUGAUCCCAAUCGCCCUGCUCGGUUCGGCGGUAUACAUGGCUCUGCAACUGCUCCAGUCACGCCUGUCACAUGAAAAGCACCUUGACGAGGCGCGCUCACGCAUCAAUGAACUGGAGGCCGAAAUCGAUGCAUUG